CAAUAUUUGUUUUUUUUUUUAAAAGCACCAUCUAUCUCAUUUCAUUCAUUCAUUAUCCACACUCAGGCCCGACUUCAUGAAUGAUGUUAAAUUAUAUAUGCACAUUGAACCACACAUUUAUAGAACCAAGAUGUUGCAUGAACGAAUCUGAUUGGAAAGCAAAUGAGUCCAGUGGCGUGGCCUUGAAGAAGUUCAAGAAAGACAGCGUUUACAUUGACAAAACUGGCAACUUAAGGAACUUCAAUCACAAGAAACUCUCCAGGAAAAAAUGUGGUUCUAUGAGAGGAAGAGGAUGGAAAUUUGGUUCUGGAUUUGUUGAUGGGAUUUUCCCGGUAUUGAGUCCAACUGCACAUCAGAUUCUGGAGUAUCUUCAGAGGGAUGUGGAUGCUGAGAGAAUUUGGGGUUCACUGGAUAAGCUUCCACCUUCUCUUGAUGUAUGGGAUGAUAUUUUAACUGUGUCUGUUCAACUUCGGAUGAGAAAACAGUGGGAUUCAAUUAUUUCGAUAUGUAAAUGGAUAUUGUUGAGGAGCUCCUUUAAGCCAGAUGUCAUAUGCUAUAAUUUACUCAUAGAUGCUUUUGGACAAAAGUUUCUAUACAAGGAAGCAGAAUCCACAUAUCUUCAGCUUCAUGAAGCUAGAUGCAUUCCAAAUGAAGAUACCUAUGCACUUCUCAUAAAGGCCUAUUGUUUAUCUGGGAAGCUACAAAAUGCUGAAGCUGUAUUUGCCGAAAUGCGAAAUUACGGCCUUCCUUCAAGCUCGGUUGUGUAUAACGCUUACAUGAAUGGAUUGAUGAAAGGAAGAAACUUUGACAAAGCAGAAGAGGUUUUUCAAAGGAUGAAGAGAGAUGGUUGCAAGCUAUCUACUGAAACUUAUACAAUGUUGAUAAAUUUAUAUGGGAAGGCUGGUAAAUCCUUUAUGGCCUUAAAACUGUUUGAUGAAAUGAUAAGCCAAAAGUGCAAACCUAAUAUUUGCACAUAUACUGCUCUAGUGAAUGCAUUUGCCAGAGAAGGACUAUGUGAGAAAGCAGAAGAAAUAUUUGAACAAAUGCAAGAAGCUGGACUUGAACCUGAUGUAUAUGCUUAUAAUGCCCUCAUGGAAGCUUACAGCCGUGCAGGUUUUCCUUACGGGGCAGCAGAAAUUUUUUCGCUAAUGCAGCACAUGGGAUGUGAACCAGAUAGAGCCUCAUAUAAUAUCUUGGUGGAUGCAUAUGGGAAAGCAGGUUUUCAAGAUGAUGCCGAAGCUGUUUUUGAAGAUAUGAAAAGAGUUGGAAUAACACCAACAAUGAAAUCCCACAUGGUACUUUUGUCUGCCUAUUCCAAAAUGGGCAAUGUGAAUAAAUGUGAAGACAUUCUCAACCAAAUGUGUAAAUCAGGCCUAAAACUAGACACUUUUGUCCUCAACAGCAUGCUGAACUUGUAUGGAAGAUUAGGCCAAUUUGAAAAGAUGGAAGAAGUUUUAACAGUGAUGGAAAAAGGAUCAUAUGUAGUUGAUAUUAGUACAUUUAAUAUCUUGAUACAUAGGUAUGGACAAGCAGGGUUUAUUGAGAAAAUGGAAGACUUGUUUCAAUUACUUCUUAGAAAAGGCUUGAAACCCGAUGUGGUCACAUGGACUAGUCGUAUUGGAGCUUAUUCUAAAAAAAAGCUUUAUCUAAAGUGCUUAGAAAUAUUUGAAGAAAUGAUUGAUGAUGGUUGUUAUCCAGAUGGAGGAACAGCAAAGGUACUUCUUGCAGCAUGCUCCAAUGAAGAUCAGAUUGAGCAGGUUACUAGUGUUAUUAGAACAAUGCACAAGGAUAUGAAGACUGUUUUGCCAGUAGCAUAAGUUUUUUGAAAAUUUUUACACUGGUAGUAAAAAAUAUAAUACAUCUAGAAAAUUUAUAAAUAAAAUUGAAAUAUUUAAUCAUGCAGUUUAUAAUUAGAUGUGAAAGUGAUUCUGAUGCAGGAGAGAACUCUUGUUUAUACAUUAACCACAUUGGUAUGCACGAAAUGAAUAUUUUUUGGGUUGA